AUGGCUGCUCCCGCCCCGCCAGAGGACCAGGUCCGUCUGCUGAGCGACGCCCUCGAGGCAGUCCGCCACCAGACCGGCCUAAUGCGCAAGUGCCUUGACAUGCCUGGCAAGCUCAUGGAUGCCCUAAAGUGCUGCUCUACCCUUGUGUCCGAGCUCCGCACCUCGAGCCUUGGGCCCAAACAGUACUAUGAACUCUACAUGGCUGUUUUCGAUGCCUUGCGAUACCUCUCCGUCCACCUUCGCGAGAAUCACCCAGUCAACCAUCUUGCCGACCUCUAUGAACUUGUCCAGUAUGCGGGCAACAUCGUCCCCCGCCUCUACCUCAUGAUCACCGUCGGCACAGCCUACAUGUCCAUCGAGGGCGCACCUGUGAAAGAGCUCAUGAAGGAUAUGAUGGAUAUGAGCAGGGGCGUCCAGCAUCCUAUCCGGGGUCUUUUCUUGCGUUACUACCUGACCGGUCAGGCGAGGGAUUUCUUGCCUACUGGUGAUGGCGAUGGGCCGGAGGGCAACCUACAGGACUCCAUCAGCUUCGUCCUGACCAACUUUGUCGAGAUGAAUAAGCUAUGGGUUCGUCUGCAGCAUCAGGGUCACUCCCGGGAACGUGAGCUGCGCACACAGGAGCGCAAGGAGCUCCAGCUCCUUGUGGGCAGCAACAUUGUGCGACUGAGCCAGCUUGUCGACCUCGAGACCUACAAGCACGGUAUACUUGCGCCUUUGCUGGAACAGGUGGUGCAGUGUCGCGAUGUUUUGGCACAGGAGUACCUGCUUGAGGUCAUCACGCAGGUCUUCCCUGACGAGUAUCACCUCCACACCCUGGACCAGUUCCUCGCCGCCGUGUCGAGGCUGAACCCACAUGUCAACGUCAAGGCAAUCGUGAUAGGACUAAUGGACCGGCUCUCCGACUACGCUGAGAGAGAAUCGCAAGGACAGGCUACAGAGGAUCGGGCAAAAAUGGAGGAAGACGCCUUGGCCAGUCUCUUGGAAAAGGUCAAACUCGGGCAGGAGCAGCCAAACCCCGCAGACCAUCAGCAUGAGCAACCAUCCGACACCAAUGGCGACCGUCCUGAAAGCGAAACUGCUCCGGCGCCCGAGCCGCAACCCGCCGAGUCCGAGUCCGAGUCGGCGCCAUCAAUAGCAGACACGGAGGCGACUGCUGUGGAUGGGGAAGAGCCCAAGACAACAACAGUAGAACACCGAGGCAUACCGGAUAACGUGCCACUGUACGAGAUCUUCUUCGGACAGGUGACGCACCUGGUCGAGGCACAACGUUUACCUGUGCAGGAUACGAUCGCUCUCCUGGUGUCUCUCACAAAUCUUGCUCUCAAUAUCUAUCCUGAACGCCUCGACUACGUGGACCAGGCCCUCGAUUAUGCCAACGUCAAAGUCCACGAGCACACCAACAGCGCCGACUUGCACUCACCAGCAGCCCAGCAGAGUCUCCUCAGCCUGCUCCAAGCUCCUUUGAAACGAUACGUCUCCAUCUUCACCGCCUUAUCCCUCCCGAUGUAUGUGCCGCUUUUCCAGUCCCAAACGUACCCUACCCGGCGUGCGGUUGCUGGCGAAGUUGCACGCACCCUGCUCAAGAACCAGACCCCUAUAGAGACGACGACUCAGUUGGAAAAUGUGCUCGGUGUCCUUAGUGUACUGGUGAAAGAAGUCUCGCAGGCUCAGCCUGGAUAUCCUGGGGCCCCAGCGAGGGCGCGCACCGUGGAGACGGACGAGACGAUGGAGGAGCAAGGCUGGCUUGCCCGUCUGGUCCACCUACUCGCCGCAGAAAACAACGAUACUCAGUUCAAACUGUUGCAAAUGAUACGGAAGGCUUACGCUGAAGGCAACGAGCGCAUACGGACCACGACACCUCCCUUGAUUACGGCGGGCAUGAAAUUGGCUCGUCGUUUCAAGGCCCGCGAGCAUUACGAUGACAACUGGUCAACACAAUCAUCCGCACUGUACAAGUUCAUGCACUCUGCGCUGUCACAGCUGUACACGCGCGUGAACGCUGCUGGUGCCUCAGAGCUCGCACUCAGACUAUUCUGUGCCUGCGGACAGACGGCUGACCAGACUGGUCACGAGGAGGUGGCAUAUGAAUUCUUCGCACAAGCCUUUACCGUAUACGAGGAAGCUAUCAGCGACUCCAAAGCGCAGUUCCAAGCUGUGUGUGUCAUCGCCUCGGCGCUGCAUCAGACACGUAAUUUCGGCAAGGAGAACUACGACACCUUGAUCACCAAGUGCGCCCAGCAUGCUAGUAAACUGCUACGGAAACCAGAUCAGUGCCGAGCUGUGUAUCUGGCAAGUCACCUCUGGUGGGCAAACCCCAUUGCCGCCAAUGGAGAGGAGGACGAGAAGAAUCUCUAUCGUGAUGGCAAGCGAGUCCUCGAGUGUCUGCAGCGUGCCCUCCGCGUAGCUGACUCCUGCAUGGAGACGGCUGCGUCUAUUGAACUCUUUGUGGAGAUUCUCGACAGAUAUGUGUACUAUUUCGACCAGCACAACGAAGCGGUCACCACCAAAUACCUCAAUGGGCUGAUCGAGCUCAUCCACUCCAACCUCGCCGGCAACCAGCAGGACUCGGCAUCUAUCGAGAACAGCAAAAGGCAUUUCUACCAUACCUUGGAGAUCAUCAAGAGUAAGGAGUACGAGGGUGUCGUGUUGACCCCGAAAUGA